CAUCACAUUUUCAAGAAAAUAAGGGAAAAAGAGGCAGUGAUUGUGAGUCCUUAUCUCAUUGAAACACAUGCACCUGUCACACCAUCACUAGCUCUCUUGUCUCUGACACCCCACCCCCUACCCCCAAGGAAGAAAAAGAAACAAAGACCCCACCUUAUUGCUACUUCAUGCAUCAAUCAUCUUUCAACUUUAGCUGUUCUUGAUUCUGUAAGAGAUAAUUGUUCAGGUCUUCAGGUCAGAAAAAUGGAUGGUGUCCUUAGGAGAUCAGGUAGUGAUAUUCAGAAAGAUCCAGACAUAGAUGACAGUACCUUGUCUAGGAAAUCUCUAGAGGUGCUAAAGUUUAGUUCAUCUCCUAUGGUUGUGUAUAUUCGUUGCAGCAAAUCACAGUGCUCAACAGGUGUGACGUUCUUUGCUUUGGAACCCAAUGGGCGAUUGCGAGUUCUUGUUCUUCCACAUCAAUAUCUCUACCAUGAGAUCUGUUGGAAAUCACCUCAAUCAAAUGUAAAUAGCUUGCAAGUUGGUUCAUUGUUGCCAUUAACUUCUCUCUUAUUUGCUAGACAGAAGAUUCAAAGAGUUACAUAUAUUGACUCUACUCUUGAAUCGAUAUUCUCUAGCAGCUCUCUACACCAUGACGGUGCUUUGAGCAAUCAAAAUGAAUGCAACGUGUUAUCAAUCACUUCUUCUGGUCAAAAUCCAAUCACCGAAUGUGAAUUUCCUGGAACCAUCUCCCAUGGAUCUGAUGAUAUUAGUUCAGAAGAUAUGUACACUCGUGACUUUAAAGAAGAAAAAUCCACAGACAAAUACUCAAAGAAGAAACCUAGAAAGAAGGGGAAGCGGAACAGAAAUCUCAAGUGCAGUAAUGAUGUAAAUGAGCUGCAAUCUGCAGUUGGAUGUUCAAUAACUCAAGCUGUGAUACAAAAUAUACAGCAUAGUUCAUUUAGUUCUUCUGCCAAUAUUUCUCUUGGUUCAAGCAGUGAUGAAAGAUGUAGUCAUCGUGGAUGUAAAUCACCCCAUCCUAUUGCCAGAACAGAGGUUUCUUCUAAUGGAGACAUCUUAAACAGAGUGAAGCAAGAUGGACCAGGUCAAAUUGAGGAGCUUAGUGAGAGGAAAAAGUGUUCAAAGCAGCAUGCCGGAAAUCUUUAUGGAACAGAAAAGAAGGAUAAGUACUUCAGAAAAGUUCCCAGUGAUUCAAAUGUUUAUACAAGUAGUAAUGGGAACCAGAAUAGCCAUGCGAGGAAGGAAAAUUAUCAGUGUAUUUGGAAAAGGGUUCAGAAGAGCGAUGCUGAUGUAAGCAACUGUGACUCGGAAAAGUUAAACUUAGGUUUCUCACAGUUUGAUGAUAGGUCGAGAAAGAAUACAUUGAAGAAAAUGUUUCCUAAUCCUGUUGAUUCUGUUAUAUUAUCACAAUCAGCCUAUCAAAAUCAGGAAAAACUUAAAGUUCCUAAAAAUCCCAGAGGACAUAAAUAUCCAGGCACCCUGCAGGAGAAUGAAAGUCAAUGUGGAAAAGGAUCGCCAGUUAAUGGAGCCUGUUCAAAUGCUUGUUUGAAGACUAACAUGCAAUCAGAUGGUAUACUUGGUUCACCUAGCCAAAUAGCUAUGGCAAAAAGAUCAAUAAAUGUGGCAGAUGCUCAAACUAAAACAAGUUCUUUUAGGCCUAAAUACAAGAAAAAAAACGUUCAAUAUGUCCUAAAACCAAUCCUGAAUCCCAAAGCUUGUUCUCGUAACUUGGAUGCAAAAGAAAAUGUCCCAAUUGCUGUAUCCAACAUGGAUUAUCAAAUGGUUGAAAAUCAAUUCUUGUUACCUAGAUCAGGUAAGUUCAAUAGCCUAACAGAGCAGCAGGGGGAGCUUCUUGCUGCGGAUGGAGAGGGUGACAAAAUGGACAAAGAAGUUUCUCCUUCUGGUCAAAUUAAGCAUGAGCAUGAGGCUGCCCCUCAAGCUAUCUCAGAAUCCUGGGUGCACCAAGAGCUUACAGAUUCGGAGCUACCAAAUUGUUCGUCAGUGGGAAAGCUUGUUGAACCAGAAACAUGGACCUCCAAAAAUGCUACACAGGAGAAACUGGCUUCUAAAUGUCUAGCUCCUGUGUUUUCCUUAGUGAAUGUUAGAGAAAAUAAAGCAGGUCAAAAUGUAGAAAAUAUAAAAGCAUCGCCUGGUGAUACUCAGUUUGGGAAGUUGAGAAAUCAUAACAUGUGCACUCUAGAGCAGGGCUGCAACAAUGCUUCUAUUGCAAAGUUUUUCAAUCCUGAAGCUAAAAGCAAAACCUUUCAGAGUCUUGAAAAUGAUUGGAGAAACAUUGCUCAGGCAGUGAACGACGCCCAUAGGGCACAGCUAGCCUCUAAAGCCAUUGAGAUAGGUAAUAGCUAUCCUGCUGCGGAAUUUGAGAAGCUUCUUCGUUCUGCCUGUCCAAUUAUAUGCCCUUCUGCUAGUAUUCAGACUUGUCGGGCUUGCUUCCCAAAUCAAGCUACAAAUACACCUCUAUGCAGACAUGAGAUACCCAAUGUCCCUUUGAAAAACUUGUGGCAGUGGUAUGAGAAACACGGGAGCUAUGGUUUAGAAGUAAAAGCAGAGGACAAAAGAAAUGCAAGACAGAGUGGGAUGGAUCAUCUGGAGUUUCGUGCAUAUUUUGUUCCAUAUUUGUCAGCCAUUCAGCUUUUCAAGGACAAUAGGACUCAUCCAAUCCAUAAUGAUAAUAGGACUCUGGGGUCCAUGGAGGUGGACUGUAAGAUGAAUAAAAUAUCUGAGAGUUCACCUAAUGUAGAACUGCGCUCAGUUUUUUCUGUACUUGUACCUCAACCUCGUGUCGAGCAUUCAAGCACUUCACUACAAAAAGGUGGUCUCUCUGACUCGGGGUCAUCUUCAGAGUGCAGUAAUAGUGAUUUACAUCAUCUACCAGAUGAAUUUAAGUUGUCUGAUGAUGUGGAGCUUCUCUUUGAAUAUUUUGAAUCUGAGCAGCCUCAAAGGCGGCGACCAUUGUUUGAAACAAUAAAGGAACUUGUCUCUGGUGAUGGACCCCCCUCAAACUGUAGAUCAUAUGGAGAUCCAUCCAUUCUACAUACAGUGAGCUUACAUGACCUGCAUCCUCAUUCCUGGUUUUCAGUUGCAUGGUAUCCCAUUUAUAGGAUACCCGAUGGCAAUUUCCGUGCUGCCUUCUUGACUUAUCACUCGCUUGGCCAUUUUGUUCACACAGAGCAGUCACUUAAAGACAUCAUUGUGAAUGCCUCUAUGGUUUCUCCAAUCGUAGGCCUCCAAAGCUACAAUGCUCAGGGUGAAUGCUGGUUUCAGCCAAGGCACUCUGCUGACGACUUGACAGAAGAAUUCUCGGAUUUGGACCUUCAUACAGUUCUGAGAGAGCGACUAAGAACAUUAGAGCAGACAGCAUCAAUUAUGUCACGAGCUGUGAGAAAGAUUGGAAGUGAUACGCUCGUGAACAUACAUCCUGAUUAUGAGUUUUUCCUGUCCAGGCGAGGCUAAUUGUUUCUGAUCCUUGUAUUUUCUGUUUGUAAGUUAGUACUCUCUGUACAUUGCUUAGCGUACUGAUAGGAUCUCCAUUUUCAGGAUUUAAAGUAGUACUUACUGGCUACAGUUCGAAUUUUAUCUGCUGCUUUUUGUAAGUUCCAAGUUGGUUGAUAUUUGUAGCUUAGAGGGUCGUAAUUCAGCUGUUGUACAUAUUGAGACUUUUGUGUAGUUGAAAUCAAAGAAUGCAGCUUGUUAUGAAAUGAUUUUUCCAGAUA